AUGGAAAUUGAGAAAUUAGAGUGUACAAGGACAAAAUCAUCUUCAUCGGUUCCCCUUGAUGUGACCAUAGAGAUACUGUCAAGACUGCCAGGGAAAUCCGUGGUGAGGUUUCGUUGCGUGUCGAAACUCUGGUCCUCCAUCACCACCACUCCCCACUUCAUCAAGGCUUUCGGGGAUCACUCGUUGUCUCGACCAUCUCUUCUCUUGGUAGAGAGAAAAGAGGAUAAGCGGGUCUUCUGCUCUCUCCCGCAUCGCCAGGAUCCCCAAAGGCGUUACACUCCCGCGGAAAAGUAUGAGAUGAUGCUUCCGAUGAAAAAUCCCGAGUUGUUCCACGGUAAAGUCUGCCGCUCCAUCCGCGGCUUGAUCUAUUUUGAAGAAGAAGACGAAGUAGUCAUUUGGAACCCUACAUUGAGACAACAUGUCGUUUUACCCGACCCUGACCUCCCGAGGCCUUUAAAAUCCUUUGUUGGAUAUGAUCCCAUCGGCGACAAAUAUAAAGUUGUGUGCAUGACAGUUAGUAGGAUGUCUGCAUAUAGAGAAGAUAAGGCUCGGAUUCUUACAUUGGGAAAGGACAAAUCAUGGAGAAUAGCCGAACAUGAUGUCUCUCGUGAUUGUCUGAGUUUGGAUGACGACUGGAGUGUCUGCGGAGGGAUAUGCCUUAACGGGAUUCUUUAUUAUUUUAGGGGAGAUUAUGAUACUUUAGAGUGUUUCAACGUGAGGUCUGAAGAAUUCAAGGAAAUACGAAAACCAAAGCAUGUGACGAGAUAUGAAACGUCACUUGGGACGAAUGUUUUAACAAGCUACCAUGGAAAACUAGCUUGGCUCUCAGUUACUACUGGCAGACGUUGGGUCCUUACAGAUCCCGAGAAACAAGAAUGGUCCCAAGGCUGGUUUUUCCUUCCGGAUUCUUCUUUAGCAACCGAAGCUCGGAUGGGUAGUGGUCCUUGCUACAGCAAUAGAAUACAAUUUGGUGGUGUGACUGAUUCUGAGGAGAUAAUUAGUAUGGAAGGUCUAAGGACACGACCAUUUUAUGCUUUCUAUGGUGACUGGAAGAAAAAGACUACUAGAUGGGUCGCUUACGAAGCAUUGACAGACUGUUCUUUUCAUUGUGACCGUUUUCCGAAACACGUUGAGAGCCUCAUGUCUUUGGCAAAUCUUUUUGUUUAG